UGAUCAUAUGUGAGUUUUAAGAACACACUCCUACUAAAUCUUACCUUUCAUAAAAUGGCAGAAUGAAGCUGAUUUGCAAAAUGUGAUUUAAUAUCUACUUAAAUGUUAUGAUUUAUCGCGUGUGUAGUGUUAAAAUUGUGAGUUUUCCAUUACUGAAUGUUGUUUGAUUACAAUUACAAAGAGUGAAUGAAUAACCAACAAAAUAAUGGCACCUCGACGAUUAGAAGAAAUUCCUAUCAAACGAAUGGCAGCGUUUGGUUGUCGUUUACCGUCACGUUUACCAAGAGGUGAAAUAUUGACUGAUAUUACUCAAAAUAAAUGGAGAGUAGGAGAUCCAAUUGGUUGUGGAGGUUUUGGAGACAUUUAUCUAGCCUCUGAUGACAUUACGAAGCCAGUAGAACACAAUUCGAAAUAUGUUGUUAAAAUAGAACCACAUAAUAAUGGACCACUAUUUGUGGAAAUGAAUUUUUAUAUAAGGGCAGCUCGAAAACCAAUGAUUCAAAGUUGGUGUAAGUCAUAUAGAAAAAGACGUGUUGGAGUUCCAACUUAUGAAGGUUCGGGUUCACACAUCUAUCAUGGUCAAAGAUACAGAUUUCUGGUGAUACCUCGUUAUGGUGUAGAUGUAGGAAAAUUAUUUGUUUUUCAAGGAAGAAAACUAUCAACGAAACAGGUCAAUGGACUCGCAGUGCAAAUGUUGGAUGCACUUGAGUACAUACACAGUCAGGGAUAUGCACACGCAGACGUCAAGGGUUCCAAUAUUUUACUCACUACUAAUGGAUUAGGCUCAGAGGUAGAAAAAGCACAAGCAUUUUUAGUUGAUUAUGGAUUAGCGUAUCGCUUUCGAUGGGGAAAUGGAAUUCACAAACCAUUUGUUCAUGAUGAGAGACGAGCUCACGAGGGAACUUUAGAAUUUACAUCUAGAGAUGCUCAUCACGGAACUCAUUCGAGACGAGGGGACUUAGAAACUUUGGGAUACAAUUUAUUACAAUGGCUGUGUGGAAAAUUACCUUGGGAAAAGGAAAGUGAAUUGCAGAUGUCAACUGUUAAUCCAGAAGAAAUUCAAGCACAAAAAGAAAUCAUUUUUUCCGACGUUUCAUUGUCUAUACAAAAAUUGUUUUCGGGGAAGAGAAAAGCACCAGAUAACAUUAUAGAGUACUUUACGUAUAUUUCUCGUUUAGGGUUUGAAACUAAACCAAAUUACACCUAUUUGCGCAAUCUUUUUUGUCAAGGUUCUGUGCUUGAAGAAAAUAUUUUGACAUUAGUAAACAAAGGUAUUACUAAUGAGAAUCUUUCUCGGUCUAAAUUUGACAGUCUUCCGUAUCUUAGGGAGAGAAAACCUUGCAGACCCGUAAAUGGAGAGAUUCGAAUAACAAGAAAUACUCAGCCGAUAAUUCCGAAGAAAGUAAUUGAAUUCAGUUGGGAGGAAGUUCUUUCACGACAUCCUGACAAGCUGGCCAAAAUUAGUGUUUUUCCCCCACCGUUUGCUCUGACGCCACCCCCAUCACCUCCUCCGAUCUCGCCAACUUCGUCUUUGCCAACAUAUGCGAUGCUCAACGUAUUGCAGAGAAUGAAGGAGAGACAAUCUGGAAUUAUAAGACAUAAAACGUCAUCAAAAUCAUUAGAUAAUGAACUGAAACCAAAAUGGAUGACACCCGCCAUGGAGGAAAUUGCUCAAUUGAGAAAAAGAAAUUUGGAAUUAGCAUCUCAAGAAAAAAUUUCCAAAUCAAAUGAUUCAAAAAGACUCACGAGAUCUGAAGCUGCAAAAUUAAGACGACUCGAGAGCAAAUCGACAGAGAAAAUAAAUUCAAGAAAAAGAAAGGCUUCUUCUUAAAUCUACUUCGUGUUCCACUAUCUAAAGAUUUUUAUGAUAACGGAAAGAAUUUUCGAUGGAGUAUUAUACUUUAUUAGUAAAUUUAGCUCUAGGAUAGAUGAAUUUGAUGUUCCUCAACAAAGGAUAAGAAUUUCUCCUUUGCAUAAGCGAAGCCUCAGACAAGCAUCUCGCCAAUUUUAAAAGACUGCUUCGUAAUCGACGUUUUUCAUAACAAAUAUUUACGCUUAAAGGCGUGACGAAAUAGCUUUUUUCAUCACAUUAUUUAAAUGGACUCAAGAAAAUUGUAUUUCUUCUGUCAAAAAUUUUGCGUGGAAUUAUUUAUGAUCAAGUGCAUAUAUAGUGAAAUUUAAGUGAUUUAAAAGCAAGUGAAUAAACUAUAUAAAAAAUUUACAUUA